AUCGGAAGAAAAGCAGCCGAUAAAAAAAAAAAAUCUGCUUGGCUUCUGAGAGAACCUCUCUACAAGACACCAUGAAGACGCUGGCUCUGCUCUCCAUCUGUGCUCUUCUGUCGGUGUGCUGGUCCAUGGGAGCUGUAGAACCCGAGGUCAUCGUGGAUCCUGCUGCUGACACGGCCGCCGACCCCGCAGCCGAUGCAGCUCCCGUUUCUUCGUCUUCUUCCUCAUCUGAGUCUGAUUCAGCUUCAUCCUCUGCAUCUGACUCUGCAUCCGACUCGGCCUCUGACUCCGCGUCUGACUCUUCGGCCUCUGAUUCAACGUCAGAGUCCUCCUCCUCCUCUGAGUCCACCGAGUCGUCUGAGUCCUCCUCCGCCGAAUCCUCAGAAUCGUCCUCCUCAGAAUCGUCCUCCUCAGAAUCCUCCUCCUCUGAAUCCAACUCUUCAGCCUCUGACUCCUCAGCGUCUGACUCUGCUGCUCUUCAUCUUCCUCCUCCUCUCUCCUCCUCAUCCUCCUCAGAGUCAGCCAGUGCUGAAGAUUCCCAUGUGGUUAUGAAGAGAGACCUGGCUUCGGUUAUUCUCAGGAGAAGAAGAGCUGUCCAAGGCAAGCUCAGCCCCCUGCAGCUGGAAAGCUUGAAAGAGGUGUGUGAGCUGAAUGUUGCCUGCGAUGACAUGGCUGACACCGAAGGCAUCGUGGCAGCGUACACCGCCUUCUACGGACCAGUCCCUUUCUAAGUUAAAUAGCACUCUAUCAUCCACUUUUGGACAUUUUUUUUUUUGUGCCUUCUGUUAGCAAUAA